AUGUCCGAACACAAGUGGAAAGACGGCCAGCCGACGGAGGAAGCGCUUACGAUGUUCAGUCACGGAGACGACGGCGCCGUUCCGGUCCCGGCCAUCUUCAUCUACGCGGCGUUGGACAUCAUUCUCGACAAGGCAUACCCCAGGUAUGGCGUCGAUGCCGAGACAAUCCUCCACUUCGGCCCUCCGGCGGGGAUCCUACUGACGUCGGAGACGACACGAGACUUCCAUUUCGUCGGCAUGCCGGCCGGCACCGUGCUUCUCACGCCCAUCAGCACCAAAAUUGAGUGGCAGAGGAAGCAGCCAUGGCAAAAGCACAAUGUUAGCCGCCGAGGGUUGCCAUAUGCAGCCGCAUUUGCCUGUAAGGAGUACAAAGUGCAAGGCAAGACACUAGACCCAGUGGUGCUGGAGCUGCGGGGGAUGCAGGUGACCAACAUCGACAGCAAGGCGGCGGCUAGCCAAUGCGAUCCGUACAGCUUAUACGUGCAGUUGUCGCGCUGCCCGUCGCUGGAUGCCACCAUGCUCCUUUCCAAGGCGCGAGAACGGGACUUCGUAGGCAAUCGGGUGCCCGGCAACAUGGUCGCCGCGGAGGCAAGGUUGGAACGGCUGAGCGAGACGACAAUCCAGGACGCGGAAUCUUGGGACUAG